AUGCUUGAAGGGGAUGCUGGAAUUGUUGGGAUAUCAAGGUCUCCCAUGAACUCAUUGGCAGCCAUCUCUUCUUCUUCUUCUUGGUUUGAACUUGAUUCCGAAUUUGAAGGUGAAGAACCUGGGAGGUCAGUGUGGAUAGCAAGACCUUCAAAUGUGGCAAUGGCUUGCUCUUUCGCAGUUGCCAACUCUCUUUCUAGACGAUUCUGA